UCGAAAUGCAAUCAACUGAACCGCCGAAUAGUGUUUCAGCACUCUGCACUUCCGAAAAUUUUAUACAGCGUGCAUCAAUGUCGUUGCCAGCGAUUCGGUGUGUGAAGUUAUUUAAUAGUUGCAUUUGUUUGAAGAGGAGAUAUUUAUGGGUUCCAAGCACAUCGCUAAUAGACAGAGCCGCCAUGGAAGGUGAGCUAAGAGUGUUCAUUGUUGCAGGAGAGGUCAGUGGAGAUACAAUUGGUUCUCGUCUUAUGGCUUCCUUAAAGAAGAUCUCUCCGGUUCCCAUCCGCUUCUCCGGUGUAGGCGGGUCAAUGAUGUACAAUCAAGGCCUGAAAUCCUUGUUCCCCAUGGAGAAUAUUGCAGUGAUGGGAAUCUGGGAAUUAUUACCACACCUCUUUAAUUUCAGAGUAAAGUUGAAGGAAACUGUGGAGGCUGCAUUGCAGUUCCGGCCUCAUGUGGUUGUGACUGUGGACUCCAAGGGAUUCUCUUUCCGUCUCCUUAAGCAGUUGCGGGCAAGAUGUGGUCACGAAAGGGCAGACGGACCAAUACACUUUCAUUAUGUAGCACCAUCGUUCUGGGCAUGGAAAGGAGGUGAAGCAAGACUCAAAGGCCUAUCUAAAUUUGUGGACCAUCUGUUCUGUAUACUUCCGAAUGAGGAAGCAGUUUGUCAAUCAAAUGGACUGGCUGCGACCUUUGUUGGUCAUCCCAUUCUGGAAGAUGUUUUAGAACUAAACAUGGGAAAGGAAACCGCAUUACAUGAGUGGAAGAUAACUGGAAAUGGUGAAGAUUUUCGAAAAAAAUAUGCCAUACCUUCAGGAGCGACAGUUAUUACCUUGCUACCCGGAAGCAGAUUACAAGAGGUCACUAGAAUGCUUCCCAUCUUUUCAAACAUUAUGAAACUACUAAAAGAGUCUUUCCCUGAGCUGAUAUCAGUAAUCAAUGUGGCUCCAAAUCAACUAGUGGACAACUAUAUUGCUAGGGCCAUUAGUAAUUGGCCUGUACCUUCCAUAUUGAUUCCAGGAGGAACCCCACUCCUGAAAUACGAUGCAUUCACCGCAAGCCGAGUUGCCUUAUGUACGUCCGGAACUGUUGCUAUGGAGUUGCAGCUCGCGAGGUUACCUUGUUUAGUUACUUAUAGAGCUCAUUUCCUUACCGAAUGGUUCAUUCGCUUCAAAGCAAAGAUACCAUGCAUCUCACUUCCCAAUAUCCUCUUGGAUUCUCCGGUUAUUCCGGAAUCACUAUUUCAAGCAUGUACGCCUGCAAAAGUAGCAUUCCUGCUAAAGGAAUUGAUGAACAAUGUAGAACUUCAACAGCAACAAAUUGUAGCUGCUGAGAAGGUCAUGAAACUUAUCCGCCCUUCGACCAGAACAGGUACGAGGCGGAUGCCUCCCAGUUAUAGUCCAAGUAUGAUUGCAGCAUCCACCAUACUUGGCUACAAUCAGAGAUGAAGGUUAGCAUCUAUGUUACUCAUACCCGGAAGCGAAUAUCAUAUAUGGAAUUGAAACAAUGAAAUCUUUUGCUAAAUGUUUGAAAUUUUGAUGAGGAUGAACCGGCAUCAAGGGAAGUUACACAGACCCGGUUAGGAAGAUCAAGGAAUGAAAGCAGUUGAAAGUCCAGUGAUAUAAACAAUACUUCGAGUGAUAUCUAACGUGUGGGUGACAGGAUUGAAGAUGGAUUUUUUUUUU